AGGUAUCGCAUAGAUCUCCUCCCUGCUCGACGAAUGAAGCUCCCCAACCCUAAAGUUCUAAUUCAUCUUUCUCCGUGUAUCUGCGCUGGUGCUAAAGAAGUUGGGAAGCCACCAAACUGAAGUUGAAGAUCCAUAGCUGUUGAUUUGUUCAAGAAUGUCCGAAAUAUCGUCUGAAAUCCAACCGGGUUCUCUUUCCAAAUCAUCCACUGAAGAUGAUAUAGAUAAUGACUUGGAUGAGUCGGAAAGUGAAGGUAAUAGUUCAACAUCAUUUGCUGAUACAAAUAAAAACUAUAUGGGUGCAGUUGCAAUUGGUUCAGCUAUAUAUUACAAUAAUUAUCUACAAAAAAGGCCUUGCUAUGAUAGAAAUUAUAGUGGGUGGGCUUUUAUAAUGUCCAUUCUAAAUGGACAUGAAAAAAGGUGUCAUAACAACUUUCGAAUGCAUAAAGAGGUGUUCUUUGGGUUAUGUGCACAAUUGGUCAAUAAUUACGGACUCAAACCCAAUAGAAGUGUAACCGUUGAGGAACAAGUUGCAACAUUUAUGAUGGUGGUUGGUACCAAUGAAGGAAAUAGGCAACUUCAAGAAAUGUUCCAGCGGUCUGGUUUUACAAUAAGCCGCUCAUUUCACAAUGUACUUAAAGCGUGUACAAAGAUGUCAAUUGAUUGGGUUAGGCCAUUUUCUGACAACGCUUCUACACAUCCCCACAUUCAAGGUAAUCCAAGAUACUGGCCUCAUUUUAAGGAUUGCAUCGGUGCCAUAGAUGGAACUCACAUCAAAGCGAAAAUUCCUCUUGAUAAGCAAGUACCUUUUAUUGGUAGGAAGGGGUUUACAAGUCAAAAUGUUAUGGUGGCAUGUGACUUUGACAUGUGUUUCACUUUUGUGUUGCCGGGAUGGGAAGGAAGUGCACAUGACACUCGAAUUUUCUACUCCGCUCUUCGAGACCCGUCAAAGAAUUUUCCCCAACCACAUCAAGAUAAGUAUUACCUAGUUGAUGCCGGGUAUCCAAAUGUGAAAGGGUUUUUAUCUCCAUAUAAAGGGAACAAGUAUCACAUACCCGACUUCAAAAGGGCGGCAUCUUACAAUAACCAGUAUGAAGUAUUCAAUCAUGUGCAUUCAUCAUUGCGUUCAGUGAUUGAACGAUCAUUUGGUGUAUGGAAAAAGAAAUUUCAAAUAAUGGAUACAAUGCCAGUUAAUAUAGGUUGGAAUGAUCAAAUUUGUCUUGUACCUGCGACAAUGGCGGUUCACAAUUUUAUUCGAAAGAAUGAUCCUAGUGAUGAUGAUUUUUUUGAAGCAGAAGGUAGACAAGGUGCAACUUCAUCAAGUGGUGAUGAAGAAGAAGAUGACACGUUGGAUGAGGUGCAAUUUCCUCAGAGUGAUGAAGCAAUGACUAAAUUGAGAGAUGGAAUAUGUGCAUCGAUAAUGUUUGGCAGAACUGGUGUUCCUAUGCAUUAGUCUGAUUGCGUUAUUAAGGUUACAUUAAUAUGAUUGUGCAAACUAUUGGUAUUCCUACGAUACAAGGGUUGUUUGUAUCCAAAUGUUAUUAAUCUAUCAUUAAAGACAAGUCUGCUCUAUUUUGGACAAAUAAUUUUAUUUUGUUUGCAAUAGAUCUUACCAAACUAAGAUGGAAUUUUACAUCUAUUUUUAUUUUUUUCAGGGAUGUGAG